GCACUCCAUGUGAGUACUCCCUCGUUUCUACCUCCCUGUCCUAGGAACUCAGUGCUGACCUUAUACCAGCCUUGACCUCAUUUCCACUCAUCUGUUGGACAUGCCAAGUCAUUGCUGAGCAGGGUAGGCGGAGCCACACAGCAGGAAAAUUCACAGAAUGCUGGGGAUAGGCUACAAAAACACCCCACCCCUACCCCAUACCCCUUUUGAGGGACAACACAGCAAAGGUUAGACCAUUGCCCCAUCCCUAGUAUCUAGGUGCUUAGAAAUGUUCUAGAGCUGGGUGGCUCUAGCCUAUGGUCUCAAGGAGUAAUAGGCAAGAUGGCAGCCCACUCAGCUCAGCCCUGUGAACUAAGGGUCAGGCUAAGCAACCUCCUGGACAUCAGCAGCUACCACCACUACUGUCUUUUUCCCUUGACUCCUGUCUGAGCCCCUCCCCCAGGCUGCUGGCAUACUUAAUUGACCUCUAGGGGAGAGAACGCCUGGCUAAGAUUCAGAUCCCAGCUCCUAGCAGCCUCCCAGGAGGCUGAUUUGUCAGUGAACCCCAGGCUUGUACUAGGGCGUUCUGAUCUCGACCUCCCUCACCCCUGUACAAGCCUGUUCCCUGCUUGGGUGGGCUGCUGGUCUGAGGAACCCUUUCUACUCUUUAUGUUGUGAAGCAUGUGGCCAAGGCUGUUGAGUGGCCUGCAGCUUCAAGAACUAGGGAAGAAGGGGAGCACGAAGCAGCCCACUGAAUCCUCAGACUCUGGUCCCCAAGGAUGCAAGAGGACAGCUCCAAGCCUGGAGCGGGGUUGUGUGCGGCUUUGAAAAGUGGGGUCCCUGUCCAGGCAGAGCCCAGAGGAGCGGCGUCGAAUCUCUGCUGCCCCAACCAACUAAUCGACACUCCAGGGCCCACCACAUCUCUAGAUUCCAAUAGCCAACUAGGAGUUUAGUCCCACCCCGCUCCAGAGAGCCAACGGAGCACAAGACCGGCGCCACUUCCGACCAGGAAACUAGUUGGCGCCCGCAUUGCGUGGUGACGCACUUCCUCCCUGUAACGAACCCGGCUCAGGCGGGUUCCGACAGGCGGCACUGGAGGCCUCAACCCUUUGUGACUGGCCUAGCCCUAGAGUGUUAUGGGAAUCGAGGCCCCUUGGUUCCGCCUCUUCCUGUUUCGUCAAUUCCGUGUCCGUUCCGGUUUUCGGUGAUGCGCAUACGUGAAGGUUACACCUCCCAUCGGGCAUUGGUCCAUUGCCUUCUGGGAGUUGUAGUUCCUGAUGUACUAAAGUCGUGCCAUUCAGACAGCCGGGGACUCGGUUUCCCAGAAAGCCGAGCGAAAGUGGGCAGGAACCACGGAACGAAUCCCGCGGAAUCGGCGGGACUCUGCUGGGAAAGGCCGCUGGGUAUUGCAACGUGCACGGAACGGUGAGCGUCGGCCUCCUUAGAACCGCGCGACUAGGCCAGUCCCCUGACGGCUCUUCCUCCGGACCUGGCUGGGUAGUCUCUGCGGUGGUGGUGUGUACCCGGAGAGGCUGUGCUCUGCUGAUCUAAAGCCUGUCUCCAGCAUCUCCCAGCGCGCAUCCUUUAUAUGUCUGCACUGCUCUGCUCUCAUGUUUGACUCUCUUCCUUAACCCUAUCUAACCUGCAGCUCCACAGUGCUCCUCAGCUUCGCGAGGCCGUCGCCCGCCUGCAUGACCGGGCAGCGUCUGACUGUGAACAGAGGCGCCUAGGAAGUAGUGGAGGUGGGGAGGGUCCCAGGCCGGCAUGGCGGAGGCGGAGACUGGUUUGGAGGCUGAGGAACCCACCGAGGAUGACACCCUUCCUUCUGACACCGUCUCCCUCAGCGACUCGGACUCGGACCUCAGCCUACCUAGUGGUGCCGAGGUGCAAGUCUUGUCCCCGGAGAGGCUUUCUGGGGAAGCCCAGGAGGACUCCGGCCCUGAUGACCCUCCCUCACCCCUCACGGGUGUCCCCACCACCCCAGUCCAGCCGUUCCACCUCCGAGGCAUGAGUUCCACCUUCUCGCAGCGCAGUCACAGCAUCUUUGAUUGUCUGGAGAGUGCGGCCCGGCAGGCACCGCCCUCUGCGCCCCAAACUAGUGUGACUGACAAUGGCAGCUUCAAACGGCCUGUGACUCCCCCAAGUCAGACUCUGGCAAGGAACCUGAGCAGAGUGCAUGAGAGCACUGGCCCAGUCAGGGUACCUCCUGUGCCGGAUUAUGUGUCACAUCCUGAACGUUGGACCAAGUACAGUCUGGAAGAUGUGGCUGAAGUCAGUGAGCAGAACAAUCGUGCUGCUGCUCUGGCCUUCCUGGGCUCUCGAAGCCAGGCAUCCCCUACAGACUAUGUACCCUCCUUCAACCAGGAUCCCUCUAGCUGUGGGGAGGGUCGAGUGGUCUUUACCAAACCAGUACGAGGCAGUGAGGCUAGGGCUGAGAGGAAGAGGAUCCUAAAGAAGGGGGAUGUGUCAAGUGCUGGGGGUGAGGCCUCUGUGGAGCUGGCCCAUCUGGCCGGGCCUGAGGCUGAGGAGUGGAGUGGCCACCAGGGACUGCAAGAGGUAGUGGUACCUUCAGGAGCUGACCACCCUGGGUCCUCAUCAGACCCUACAGGGAUGGAGGCUGUUGGUUUCCAUGGCAGCAAGAAGCGGAGCAGAGAACAUUUCCGGAACAGGGACAGUAACCCCGAGGGGCCAGGGUCUGAGAGAGGCCCCUCAGUUUGACUGCAGUGCUAGCUCUCCACCUCCUCACCUGCCCAGCCCAGGUUUGAGGGAAGCUGUGUUGUGCAACAGCCCUGGCUGGGAAUGUGGGACCUUGGAGGCCCUUGUGCCCCAGUGUCCUGGGGUGGACAAUAAAGGU